AUGCUGAGCCGAGCAAGGACUUCAGGUCUGUGCCAUGGCUGUUGCCAGGACUUUCAGAUAUUCUUCGAAAAUGGAUUCUGUGGCCCCGCCGUCACCCUGAAGAAUCGAACAACGCCACUACCCCUGCGAUGGCGAAGGACAUUCGCACCGCGACAACAUCUCAGAUCUUUCUCCAGGAAAUCCAGUCUCUUCCAACGACAUACUCUACAAGAAUCUGAUCAGAAACCGAGCCAACUGGAAAGCGAGCACACGUCAGCAGUCGACGUCGACCCGGAACAAUUGGAGGUUUUGCAAGAGCUGGAAAAGGCCUUGGGGCGGCCUAUAAAUGAAGCAAUUGACGAAGACCGAGCCGGACGCAUAUCCAUAAAAGAGAUAUUUCCAGGCAAGCAAAUAGACCUGGAUGAUAGCCCAGACGUCGUCGAUGGCAGAAAUGAUCCGCUUGCCGGUUUGCGAGCCUCCGGUGCAUCUUCUGAAGAUAUUGCACGGGAGGCGAGGCAGAUAUAUGGAGACAGGCUGCCUACCAUUGCUCUGGGGACAGAGGAGUUGAAGAUGUACAAACGUCUCUAUGGAUCCCCUAUUUCGCUACCUUAUGAGGAGUUUCUGGACGAGGAAGAAGCAAGCAUCGUCACGGAGAUCCGAAAUCAGCUCUUGGACCAAGAAGGGGAGCCCAUUGAUUACGACCCCGAGCCACGCGCCUUCGCGCGAUUGGGAACCAUCGACAAAGAAGAGCCUGCUGGCAAUACCCCAAAGCCUGCGCAAGGAGGAAUUGACCUCGGAGCGACCGGCGAGCAUAACCCGGCUCUUUCAUUGUCUGCUGAAGAUAGAGCAGCGGAAAUAGCUCGCAUGCUGAACGGCGAGAUUGUUGCAGGCUCAGGGCGAGAGGAGGAUCAGCAGGAUGAAAGUGAGGAGGAUGAACAAGAUCAGAACACGCGACAACAUCCAUUCACUCGGCUUGGAAAGUUCGCAACUACGCCCAGCAGCGUCCUCCUUUCCCAAAAAGACUUUGUGCGACCCGUUCAAAAAAUUAUGAGCGGUUUCUCCAACAAGCAUCUGAAAGAGAUGUGCGAGAAGACCUUUGGAGGACCUGGCCUUCCUGACUCGCCCCUGACACCUAGAUCAGGACGUUCCAGACCCCAAUUACCCAUUCCGCUCGAUGCCUCACAGCACUUGAUGGGUGAGAUGGAGGCGAACGCAUUCAUCACCACCAUUAUGCCACCAACGUACGCGGCCAUCGUGUCCGUCCUAGUUGAGACACGCAAGCGAUUAGGCACGACAUGGCUGGAUAAUCUCUUUGCGAAAGACGGUGGACCACGAGUCCUUGAUGCCGGUGCCGGGGGUGCAGGGAUCCUCGCCUGGCGGGAAAUCGUCAAAGCGCAUUGGGAUUCGUUACACUCGUCUGAUCGUGACCCCGUUCCUCCACCUCCACCCACGAAAGCUGUCGUCCUCACCGGUUCGGACACACUGAGACAUCGGGCGGCCGCGCUUCUCGAGGAUACGACCUUCGUCCCACGUUUGCCCGACUAUGUACACACCCGCGACGUGCCGACCCUCGAGGACGAUCGACCUGCACAACAACGCAAACAAUUCGAUGUCAUCAUCGCACCCCAUACUCUCUUUGGACUGCAAGAAGAUUACAUGAAAAAGCAGCAUGUGCAGAACCUUUGGUCAAUGCUCAGCCCCGAAGGCGGCGUUCUCAUCUUGAUCGAAAAGGGCAUACCUCGCGGCUUCGAAGCAAUAGCUGGUGCGAGAGAACUGCUGCUCGAGAGGUACAUUGCUGUCCCGGAGGGGCGAGUCACGGCAUACAGCAAGAUGCACAGUGAUACUGAAGACAUCCACACGCGAGAAACUGGUAUGAUUGUCGCGCCAUGUACGAACCACGAAAAAUGCCCAAUGUACAAGAUCCCUGGGCUCUCAAAGGGUCGGAAAGACUUUUGCAGUUUCCAGCAACGGUACAUACGGCCCAGCUACCUGCAACGAAUUCUCGGCGCGAAAGAUCGCAACCAUGACGACGUGGAUUUCUCGUACAUUUCUGUGAUGAAAGGACAGGAUCUGCGACAGCGACAAGUCCAAUCGUGGCGAGGGCUGGAAGAUUCUCUCUCUGCCCCUCUCCAUCCCAAUCCGCAGCUUGCGGCAGAUGAUUACCAGAACUGGACUCAGCUCUCUCAGAGCGGUUUCGAAGAGGUGCAGCCUACAAGCAAUCUCGCCGAUGCGCCCUCAAUAUUCCCAGACGCGGACAAACUUCCUUCGAGCCUGCCCUCCACGCACAAUCUCCCGCGCCUGGUUUUUCAACCAAUGAAGCGUCGUGGCCAUGUGCUUCUCGAUGUUUGUACCCCGUCGGGCAAGAUUGAACGCUGGACUGUCCCCAAAUCCUUCUCAAAACAAGCCUAUCGCGACGCGCGGAAGAGCCAAUGGGGCGAUCUGUGGGCUUUGGGUGCGAAAACACGCAUACCAAGGACACUGAGACUUGGUGGCGAAGAUACCAAAGAGGCAAGGAAGGCAAGAGGACGCAAGGAGCGGCUGAAGCAGCAGGCCGAGGAGUUGAUGGAAAAGAUGCACGAAGAGCAGUUGGAGGAGAUAGAAGACCAAAAGGAGAUGGAGAAGGCCUUCAAGGAGGGGAAGAUUCCUGGUGACGACGGCUAUGACUUCGAGAGUCAGGAGACAGUGGAAAGGACGUCUCGGCCGGGCCGGAUCAGGCGUGAGAAAUCGUCCAGCGGUGUCGAGAGCUUCUCCUUUGAGGAUUUCGACAUAGACGCAGUGAACCCGCCUCUCUUCCCCCCACCAAAGACACACUCUCCGACGCCGGCCUCGACUCAAGCAUCUCGACAAACUUUGUCCACGCGAGCACCGUCUGCCGUUUCGACAGACCAAGACGAGCAGGGCGACCUGACGGCCGAGGAACUCCAGACCCUGCAGGAAUGGAACGAACAACUCCAGGGAAGUGGGCCCGACAUGCCCAUCAAAGGCGGGAGAUCUGUCCGACGAUAUUCCAAGUUCGCGCCCAGGAGCAUGAAGACGGUGGCGAGGAAGAGCGGGAAAAUCAAAUGA